AUGGUGAAAGAGAAAAGCACGCAGCCCUUAAAGGACAUAGAGCUGUUGAAAUCAGAGGUAGCCUCUUUCGCUUCCUCUCUAGGGCUCGCCUCCUCAACUUCCUCCUCCUACUCUGGUUUCAACGAUACUGAUUUUCGGAACCCUAAACCAAAACCAAAACCAAAACAAAAACAAAAAGAUCGUAAACCUCCUCCUCCUCCUCCUCAAAAUCCCCAAAUUGAUAAAAAAAACUCACCCAAACCUCAAACUUUUAUAAACAAAAAUGACAAAUCACGAAAACCCAUUUCAAAACCAGCACCAAAGCCUCCAAUUUUAUCACUUGAUGGUGGUGAGGAUGACAAGAACGGUAAUAGUACAAGAAAAUUUGACAAGUACAAGAACCUCCCGAAGUUACCUUUAGUGAAGGCAGGUGCAUUGGGUGUGUGGCAUGUGGACUUAAUGGAAUUGGAGAAAAAAGUGUUGGGUGAAGCAGGCAAAGGAAAGUUGGAAGUUAAAAUGCGUCUGGGUGAAUGGAAAGGUUUUGUGGAGAAGAAGAGAGAGUUGGGGGAGAGGUUGAUGUGGCAGUAUGGAAAGGAUUAUGAGCAGGGUCGAGGUCAAAAGGGGGAUAUUAAGAUGUUGGUAGCUACUCAGAGGUCUGGGACUAAUGCUGAUAAAGUUUCGGCCUUUUCUGUGCUUAUUGGGGAUAAUCCUGUUGCAAAUUUGAGGUCACUUGAUGCACUUUUAGGAAUGGUAACAUCAAAAGUGGGAAAGCGGCAUGCUCUAACAGGUUUUGAAGCAUUGAAAGAGCUUUUUAUUUCAAGUUUGCUACCUGAUCGUAAGUUGAAGACCCUUUUACAGAGGCCUCUAAAUAGUGUUCCUGAGACAAAAGAUGGUAAUUCUCUUCUUCUUUUCUGGUACUGGGAGGACUGUUUAAAGCAGAGGUAUGAACGUUUUGUUUUUGCACUUGAGGAAGCAUCAAGAGAUAUGCUACCUGCACUAAAAGAUAAGGCAUUGAAGACGAUGUAUGCAUUGUUGAAGAGCAAAUCAGAGCAGGAGCGCAGAUUGCUCUCUGCAUUAGUUAACAAACUAGGUGAUCCCCAAAAUAAAAGUGCAUCCAAUGCUGACUUUCACUUAUCAAACCUUUUGUCUGACCACCCCAAUAUGAAGGCUGUGGUGAUUGAUGAAGUGGACUCUUUUCUUUUUCGACCACAUUUGGGAUUACGAUCAAAGUACCAUGCUGUUAAUUUUCUGAGCCAAAUUCGUCUGGGUCAUAGAGGCGAUGGACCAAAAGUGGCAAAACGUCUGAUAGAUGUAUACUUUGCACUGUUCAAGGUGUUGAUAACUGAGGCAGGCAGCAGUAAAAAGAAUGAUAAAAACAGCAAGGCAGAGAGAAACACUUCUGGUUCUUCUAAGGAGACCGAAAUGAAAAGUUCACCAGAAUCCCACAUUGAAUUGGAUUCACGGCUUCUAUCUGCUCUGUUAACAGGUGUUAAUAGAGCAUUUCCUUAUGUUUCAAGUGCUGAGGCUGAUGACAUUAUUGAGGUCCAAACACCAACGAUCUUCCAACUGGUUCACUCCAAGAAUUUCAAUGUGGGGAUUCAGGCAUUGAUGCUUCUUGAUAAAAUCUCAUCCAAGAAUCAGAUUGUCAGUGACCGGUUUUACCGUUCUUUGUACUCAAAACUCUUACUUCCAGCUGUCAUGAAUUCAUCCAAGGCAAGUAUUCUAUGUUCUUUGCGAGGAGAUGAUGCAGAAAUGUUUAUUGGACUUCUUCUGAGAGCCAUGAAAAGUGAUGUAAAUCUGAAGCGCGUUGCGGCCUUUUCAAAGCGACUAUUGCAGGUUGCUCUGCAGCAGCCACCUCAGUAUUCCUGCGGAUGCCUAUUUCUCCUCUCUGAAGUUCUCAAAGCACGGCCACCUUUAUGGAACAUGGUACUCCAAAGCGAGUUAGUUGAUGAAGAUCUUGAACAUUUUGAAGACAUAUUGGAAGAAACUGAUAAUGAACCUUCCACAACACACAAAAAAGAAGAGAUUGGACUUGAUUUAGUUGGAAAUGGUGAUAAGACCAACUCUGAAAGUGAUUCUGCAGAAGAGGAAGAUUAUUCUCCAGCCUCUAGCUCUGAGGAUGAUGUUUCAGAUGAAGAAGAGGAGUUGCUUAUAGAAGACAGUUCAAAAGAACUUCAAGAAUUGCAACCUCCAUCUGAUUGUAACGGUAACCAGCCACAAAUAAAUUCCACAGGGCCCUCUCUGCCUGGAGGAUACGAUCCACGCCACAGAGAACCUUCUUACUGCAAUGCAGAUCGUGCAAGCUGGUGGGAGCUGAUGGUUCUUGCUUCACAUGCGCAUCCAUCUGUUGCUACCAUGGCGGGGACCCUUCUGUCUGGUGCUAAUAUUGUUUACAAUGGAAAUCCAUUGAAUGAUCUAUCACUUACUUCUUUUCUAGACAAGUUCAUGGAGAAGAAACCCAAGCAGACUGCAUGGCAUGGUGGCUCCCAAAUUGAACCAGCCAAAAAGCUUGACAUGAACACGCAUUUGAUCGGGUCGGAAAUUCUUUCAUUGGCUGAAGUAGAUGUGCCUCCAGAAGAUCUUGUCUUCCACAAGUUUUAUGUGAAUAAAAUGAAUACCUCAAAGCCGAAGAAGAAGAAGAAGAAGAAGGCAGCUGAAGAAGCUGCUGAAGACUUGUUUGAUGUGGGUGAUGGUGAUGAUGAAGUGGUUGGUGAUGAUGAGAGCGAUAAUGAAGAGAUUGAUGACCUUUUAGACUCUGCCAAUCUUACUCUUGAAGCAGAAAACGAAUAUGACUAUGAUGAUUUGGACCAAAUUGUUGACGAAGAUGACGAUGACUUGGUUCGUAAUGUGGAUGAUGCAGAGGAGGAUGCCACUACUGAUGGAGAAGAUUUUGACACCAUUGUUGACAGUGACGAUGACGCUGUUGAUGUUGGGGAUGCAGAUGAUGGUACUGAUGAGGAUGGGUUUGACCAACGUAAAAGAAAACGCAAGUCCAAAGGGAAGCCAGGUGCUUCCCCAUUUGCAAGUCUCGAGGAUUACGAGCAUAUGUUGAACGAAGAUAGUUCAAAAAUAAAUAAAUCAGAAAAAAGGAAGUCAAAGUCACGAAAGAAGAGAAAAUCAUCUGAAUGA